AUGCUAUUUCCUGCAUUGCCAUGUGGGUCAGAAGAGCUAACUCUCAAGCAUCUUGGAAAGAGUCUGGAGCAUUUGGGAACUGAAGCGAACAACCCACCAUCAUCUCUCGACUUUGGACAAGACAGGCGUUCGGGUGGCCGAUGCGCCGAGCCGCCGCCAGGCCCGGGCUGUGUGCGAUAUCUGUUUGUGCAGAGCAGAGAGCCCGUACCUAUUAUCAUUACAGAUCCUGCACCGAUCACAGGCCAAACCCACAUGAACAGUUCAGGUUCCGGAUGGUGGCAUGCGCAAGACAACCGGAGCGCGUCUGUUCCGUGA